CAUGUGUUGGGUUGGCUGUGGUUAAGUUGAAAGAAAAUUCAAGAUGGCAUCUGGACGAAGUAGAAAGGCGAGCAAGCGUUCUGCGAGUCCUUCUGGGUCUUCGCCUUUCGCAAGUAAAAAGAAAAGACCUCUCACUCCUUUGAUUGCCGAUGAAGUUGAUUCGCCUUCGAGUAUCGAGAGUCCUGCUUCUUUUACUACGAAUAACAGUGAAUAUACAAUGGCAAAUAAUACRACAGUCGUCUUUAAAGAUGCAAAUUUCGAGACCCUAGAACAGGUAUACGAUAUUGCAGUGCAAGAGAGUUCUCAACAAUACGCAAUCUACCAUCAGACAUCGUUACAGGUUACUUAGCUUUAAGAAAAGCAGCUCCAUUAUGACCUUAGAUCUCUAGAUACCUUAGGGAGCAUUUAUUUUAUAUAAGGAGGUGGUAGCAAUAGUGCAAGCACCUCUUACCUCUGGGGUMUCCUGGACUCCCCAUCACAUGUGAGUAGUGUUUGUUAGAUCUUUCCCUUGAUUCAACUGUUUUUCUCUGGGUUYGCACCCCUCCACAAAACCUUACAUGGUAAAUUCCAGUUCAAUCUGAAAAUUUGAAGGUUUUGAAGGUUUGAUGAAUAUCGAGCAAGAGAAAUCAAUUGCAGGGAUUUUCCAUCACUUUUUCWCACAGCCAAAAAUGGAGGGUCAAAAAGAUUUUUCAUUUCAUUCAAAUUUKUUUUACCAAAGAAGACCCAAAGAACAAUAUUUGGGGUCACAAAUUUAUUUAUUCCUUUAUAGAGGUGGAUGGUAGUUGAUUUUUGUAUGUCUAUUGAUUGUCCAUAUAGAUUACUUUGACCCUCCCCUCCCCCUGGAAAAAUAUACUCUGCAUUAACUGCUGUACUAACAAACAGCAUGUAUAAAACUAGCAUKAACUGUGUUGGUACAAAAAUAAUGUAUAAAUUAAAGAAAUAUAUUGUA